AUGAUUGUCUCGAAUUUGGGAAAUUGUAGAGCUCUUCUGUGUACUCGAGAAGGAGUUGAUAAGGCCCUUACAAGUGAUCACAAAGCAGAAAGAAUCGAAAAUCAGAUAAUAAGGGGAGGCUAUGUUGCUGAGACAAGAAUACUGGAAUUGGAAGAAGAUAUGGAGUUUCUUGCCUUAGCUUCUGAUGGUCUUUGGGAUGUGGUUAGUAAUCAAGAAGCUGUUGACACAAUGUUGAGUGUUUUAGCUCAGGCAAAGACUCCUAAAACAUUCAACAUUGUGUCAGCAGCUUCUUGA